CACCCCUUGGUUACUGUAGUAAUAUGUUUUAGAUACUGCAGUGUAUUGCUCCAUCUCUUAGCUACAGUUAAGUUGCGCCUUUAGGUUUCUCAUUAUUUUUCACUCUUUUUUAACGAUGAUAUCACUGUGCACCAUUUGUAACACUGAGCAACAUGUUAGAGAUUUUGAGUUGAAGUGAAAAAUAAGUGGGGACCAUUACUAUACGUCUCCAAACAAUUAAAUUUUAAUUGAAGUGUUUUUGUUGUAACCAUGCAACCUCCUGUGGUAAAUAUGACUGACUGCUCUUUCUUCUUAUGCAUUUUUAAGCAAAGUAAAGCAGCGGUUCGGCUGAAAGAAGACAUGAAAAAGAUAGUGGUGCUGCCACUAAACGAGCAGAGGGCUUCUACCUAUACAAAGUUAUUUGGAGUCAGUCUCCAAGAACUUCAUCAGCAGGGGCUCACCGAGAAUGGCAUUCCAGCUAUAGUGUGGAAUAUAGUGGAGUACUUGACACAGCAUGGACUUAACCAGGAAGGCCUUUUUAGGGUGAAUGGUAAUGUGAAGGUGGUAGAACAGCUUCGACUGAUGUACGAGAGUGGAGUGCAUGUGGAGCUCGGGAAAGAUGGUGACAUCUGCUCAGCAGCCAGUCUCUUGAAGCUCUUCCUGAGGGAACUGCCAGAGAGAGUGAUCACCUCAGCAUUACAUCCUCGAUUCCUUCAGCUGUUUCAGGAUGGCAGAAAUGAUGCUCAGGAGAAUAGUUUAAGAGACUUAAUAAAAGAGCUACCAGACACCCACUACUGCCUCCUGAAGUACCUAUGCCAGUUUUUGACAAAAGUAGCCAAGCAUCAUGUGCAGAAUCGCAUGAAUGUUCACAAUCUCGCCACUGUGUUUGGGCCAAAUUGCUUUCAUGUGCCACCUGGGCUUGAAGGCAUGAAAGAACAGGACCUCUGCAACAAGAUAAUGGCUAAGAUACUAGAAAAUUAUCAUACCCUGUUUGAAGUAGAGUGUACAGAAAAUGAUAACCAGAGGUGUGAAAACCUGGCUAGGCUUAUCAUAGUAAAAGUAAGUAACUUUGGUAUUUAAUUUUCAGUAUUAUUCUCAUCUGGAUUGAAGGUGUUUUCUUUAAAUCGUUUUCUGUCAUAAAAUGUCCAGGUGGGUAUAACUUCUGAUUAUUAUAUCUCUGUUGAAUUCUUUUCAUGAAAUCUGUUCUCUCUAUCAAGUGUUUAUUAAACUGAUACAUAUUCUUCUAAGAUUACAGAAUGAUAGUGAUUUUACCUUUCCUUGCUGCAAUCAAACAUCUCAGAAGCGCUUAAGUGAGUUCAGUGCUCUGGCUAAUGGACCUCACCACCCUCUUUUAUGGAGGCCUGCUGUUACAGCAGUGAGAUGUGUGUGUGGUUUAUUCAGGAGUGCUAGCUUACUAACUCAAUUGUAAAUUCCUGAAAACAGUAUUGUUGUGAGUCUUUUUAUCUCCCUUGUGUCUGGCACAUCUUCAAUAUCCACUUCAGAUUUUAAGUUCCAUUUACGUAGUCCUUGGGAACCAUCAUCAGUAAAGCAGAGGAUUUCAAAAACAUGUAAAGGAGUCUUUGACAAUACUAUUUAAGUUUUUUUAAUAUACUUACUGAUAACUCAUAGCAUAUCCCUUUACACAUUCGGAAAAUUCAUGUAGAUCUCUAAAGACCUGCAACUGAGAGUCAGAGGAUAAAGCAUCAAAAUCAAAUCCUCGAGAUGUGGAAAAAGAGGGAAGGCAAGUUAUUUUUUUUCCACUUACAGAGAGGUAAAUUGUGAUGGAGCUGAUAUGAGAGCGUUCCUCAGGAGGUUUCCUGAGACUUAUCAAAUUUACAGACUGAAAUCUACUUUCGUUGAUUCAUAUGGUGAUGAAUGAUAAAACCAGAAGCACUUGACUUGGGCA